GCAAAAGGUAAAAACAUAACGCAAUACAAUGCAUUUAUAAAAACCAGAGACUUUUAAGAGUCUAUGAAACAAAAUUCUUUAUGGCUAUGAUGACCUAUUGCAUGUAAAUCUAACCCUUUUUCCCUUUCCAGCACAUCAAAAUCUAUUGAGAACAAACACCUUAAUCACCACACUUUUUAACACUGAUAUAUACAACAAAGAGUUGAGUAUACUUUUCAAACAACACCAAUGACUACAUUCUGUAUAUACCUAUUCCUUCUUUCUUUAACCUUUCCAAUCUUCAACCUCACUUCAUCUUCAUCAGAAAGUGAUUCCCUUCUUUUAUUCAAAUCCUCCAUUGAAGACUCCAAAAAUGCUUUGUCUAGUUGGUCAAACACUUCAUCAAACCACUUGUGUAACUGGACAGGAAUAGUUUGUUCAACUUCACUCUCAGUAACUUCUGUUAAUCUUCAAAGCUUAAACCUUUCUGGUGAUAUCUCAUCUUAUAUAUGUGAUCUUCCUAAUCUCUCUUAUCUCAACCUUGCUAAUAACAUCUUCAACCAACCUAUUCCGCUUCAUCUCUCUCAAUGUAGUUCAUUACAAAGUUUGAAUCUUAGUAAUAAUCUUAUAUGGGGUACUAUCCCUUCUCAGAUUUCUCAGUUUGGUUCUUUAUCAGUGCUUGAUUUGAGUGGAAACCAUAUAGAAGGAAAUAUACCUGAUACUUUAGGCUCAUUGAAGAAUCUUCAAGUUCUUAACUUUGGAAACAACUUGCUCUCAGGUGAUGUACCAAGUGUUUUUGGAAAUUUAACUAAGCUUGAAGUUCUUGAUUUGUCUCUGAAUCCUUACUUGGUGAGUGAGAUUCCUAAGGAUAUUGGUGAGCUUGGAAAUCUAAAGCAACUUUUUUUGCAACGUUCUUCUUUUCAAGGUGAAAUUCCAGAGUCUAUGAAAGGUUUGCAUAGCUUGACUCAUUUAGAUUUUUCUGAGAAUAAUCUUACAGGUGUUGUUCCUCAGUCUCUUGUGAUUUCUUUUGAGAACUUGGUUUCUUUUGAUGUUUCACAAAACAAGCUUUUUGGGCCAUUUCCAAAUCGUAUAUGUAAAGGUAAAGGGCUUAUUUUUUUAAGUCUUCAUACAAAUAACUUCACUGGUGUUAUACCAAACUCAACUGGUGAAUGUAAGUUUCUUGAGAGAUUCCAAGUUCAGAACAAUGGUUUCUCUGGUGAUUUCCCUGUUGUGUUAUGGUCACUUCCUAAUAUUAAACUCAUUAGAGGUGAAAACAAUAGAUUCACAGGACAAAUACCUGAGUCAAUAUCAGAAGCUUCUUUUUUGGAGCAAGUUCAGCUUGAUAACAACCAUUUUGAUGGUGAAAUUCCUCAAGGUCUUGGCUUUGUUAAAAGCUUAUACAGAUUUUCUGCUUCUAUUAAUCAAUUCUAUGGUGAAAUUCCUCCUAAUUUUUGUGACUCACCGGUUAUGAGUAUAGUGAAUCUCUCUCACAAUUCUCUUUCUGGUAAAAUUCCAGAACUGAAAAAAUGCAGGAAACUAGUUUCACUGUCUUUAGCAGACAACAGUUUAACAGGAGAAAUUCCUAGUUCUCUUGCUGAGUUACCUGUUCUUACUUACCUCGAUCUUUCAGAUAACAAUCUCACUGGUUCAAUCCCACAAGGCCUUCAAAACUUGAAGCUUGCACUUUUCAAUGUUUCUUUCAAUCAGUUAUCAGGUAAAGUACCAUACUCAUUGAUUUCUGGUCUUCCUGCUUCAUUUUUGGAAGGAAAUCUUGGUCUUUGUGGCCCCGGAUUGCCGAAUUCAUGUUCCGAUGAUGAUAACCCGAGAAACCGGGCUGCUACUGGUCUUACAACCUUAACAUGUGCCUUGAUCUCUUUGGCUUUUGUUGCUGGAACUUCACUUGUUGCUGGUGGAUUUAUACUGUAUAGAAGAUCUUGUAAACGGAAUAGUGAAGUUGCAGUGUGGCGUUCGGUGUUUUUCUAUCCUCUAAGAAUUACUGAGCAUGAUCUUGUUGUAGGAAUGAAUGAGAAAAGUUCAAUAGGAAAUGGAGUUUUUGGUAAUGUUUAUGUUGUGAGUUUACCUAGUGGUGAUUUAGUAUCUGUGAAGAAACUAGUUAAAUUUGGAAAUCAGUCUUCAAAGAGUUUGAAGGUUGAGGUCAAAACUUUGGCUAAAAUUAGGCAUAAGAAUGUUGUUAAGAUUCUUGGGUUCUGUCAUUCUAAUGAGUCAGUUUUUCUUAUUUAUGAAUUCUUGCAUGGAGGAAGUUUAGGGGAUUUGAUUUGUAGUCAAAAUUUUCAGUUGUAUUGGGGAAUUAGAUUGAAGAUUGCUAUUGGUGUUGCUCAAGGACUUGCAUAUCUUCAUAAGGAUUAUGUACCACACUUGGUUCAUAGGAAUGUCAAGUCAAAGAACAUUCUUCUGGAUGUAAACUUUGAGCCAAAAUUGACACAUUUUGCUCUUGAUAGGAUUGUUGGAGAAGCUGCAUUUCAAUCAACUUUGGAUUCUGAUGAAGCAGCAUCUUCAUGUUACAUUGCUCCAGAAUAUGGUUACAACAAAAAACCAACUGAACAAUUGGACGUGUACAGCUUUGGAGUAGUAUUGCUAGAGCUAGUUUGUGGACGACAAGCAGAGCAAACAGAUUCAAGUGACUCCUCUCUUGACAUAGUGAAAUGGGUCAGAAGAAAAGUGAACAUCACUAAUGGAGUGCACCAAGUUCUUGACACUAGAAUAUCACAUACUUGUCACCAACAAAUGAUUGGUGCUUUAGAUAUUGCUCUACGUUGCACUUCUGUUGUGCCUGAGAAAAGACCAUCAAUGGUUGAAGUUGUUAGAAGUCUUCAGUCUCUUGAGUCAAUGACUUGUGUUGCAAAUUUGCAGGGUCCAAAUGAUGAACCAUCCAUUCAAGUUUGAAACUUGAACUUCCAACAAGUUCCUAGUUAAAGGCUUUUAUUUUGUUGGUCACUUUGUAUGUAAAUUAAUUUUCAGCUUUAUAUUUCACAUCUUUUUUUAUUUGAUGAUUUGAGAUAUAUAGAAUGGUUUGGCAAAUCACAUUGUGAAUGAGACUUUUCUUUAUUAAUUGGAUGGAUUGAGUUGAGUUUAUGGGCCAGUCAAAAUAUAUCUGGGUUAAUAUUGCAACAAUAA